AGUUUAUUCUGUAAAUACGUGCAGAAUAAUCAAAUUAGAUAAUUAAUUUCAUUGCGAUACUUGAAAGUAAAAUCGUCUUAUUGCUCAUAAGUAAAAAUGGCCUUAUCAAAACCAAUUAUGAACUUAUUGAGUUCUUAUUUACAAAACUUAUAUUUACAUCCUAUUAAAACCAAAGCUAUUACAAGUUGCGUGGUAGGUUCGGUUGGCAGCUUAGCAUCCCAGUUAGUAGCCGGUGAAAAAAUUAAGGUAGACACAAUUUCCGCUUUUGCCUUGUAUGGUUUAUUCUUCGGCGGUACCAUCCCUCAUUAUUUAUAUGAAAUCACAGAAAGACUGUUCCCAGAAGAAGUGGUUGCAUUCCCUCUAGUGAAGAAACUUUUAUUUGAAAGAUUAUUAUUUGCUCCAUUCAUUCAAGCCUUCUCAUUAUACACACUGGCCAGACUGGAGGGCAAAACACACAACUCUGCUACAAAACAGCUGGUUGCCCUAUACUGGCCUAUUUUAGAAGCAAACUGGAAAUGGCUAACAUUGUUCCAAGUUAUCAACUUUGCUUUUAUUCCACCUAUGCUAAGAGUCCUGUUCAUGAAUCUUGUUGGACUUGGUUGGGCAAUGUUCCUGGCCACAAAGCGACGUCAACAACAACAGAAAAAGGAAUGAAAAAAUUUACUAAUGCUCAACACUAGGUGGUGGGUGAUAUAAUCUGUGAUGGGUGACAAACA